AUGGAGGUCGUUGACCAGCGGACAGGCCGCACUUACUACUGGAAUGAGAGCACGGGCGAGACCACGGAAAUUGGGGAGCCGCGCCCCAAGUCGCGCUUCCGCAACCAGUCGUUCCGCGGCGCCGACGACGCGCGCUUCCAGGACGGCUGGCGCGAGCCGCCGGGCGAGGACCGCACUUAUGUAUACUCACUGAUGGGCAUCGGCAUAGGCAUCGGCGCGAGCUGGGCUACGCGCUUCCUGCACUGA